AUGCUUAAGAAAUUUGAGUUGUUAAAGGUAGCAUUUCAUGGACAUAUAAUUUCUGCUGAAGGUAGAGCUAUCGAUCCAACAAAGAUAAAGGCGGUUCAGAAUUGGCAAGCACCCAAGACCAUCAGAGAAAUUCAGAGUUUUCUUGGACUAGCUGGAUACUACAGAAGAUUUGUGGAAGGAUUCUCAAAGAUAUCUGCUCCACUUACCCGAUUGAUUCAGAAGGAAGUUAAAUUUGAAUGGGAUGAAAAGUGUGAGCAAGGCUUCCAAGAGCUUAAGGCCCGAUUAACCACGGCACCGAUCUUGGCGAUGCCAACGGAGUUAGGAAAAUAUGUGGUGUAUGGUGAUGCUUCUGUAAUAGGUUUAGGAUGUGUUCUAAUGCAAUACCUGUAA